AUGCGCGCCUCGCGAGUCAAGAACAGCAGCAUGUUCGCCAGGGAGCACAAGCAGGAAUAUGAUCCUACUCACAUUCAGGUUUUGGAGAGGCCGCUAGCAAGUGGCAGGCCUCUAAGCCGUCAGUUUCAAAACAGCCAAGAUGGAACAAGUCAGAUUGAUGCUCGACGUCAACUCCCAUCGCAGACUGCAGGAUUUAAGAAUAGUGGCGAGGGAGCGGGGACACCGCAAACCACGGCCAAAAGUGGAGACGAGGAUGCUAGUUCCCCAAUAAAAUCCCCUACUUCCCAGUCGCCAGGCAAAUCCUCGCUAUCGAAAGCAAGCCGGUUUGGCCGAGGAUCAGCCGCAUUCGACCCACGGCGCGAAAUAUGGUCUGACGAUGCUGAUGAAAGCAGGGUCAGUAUGACCUCCGAAGGAUACAGCUACCAUCGCCAGACAAAGAGUGUUACAUUCGACGCUGCUCCCCCCCAGGUUAAUGAAUAUGAGAUGACCACACCCGUUCCUUCAUCCGUGGCUUCUAGCUCUCGUGAAGGAAGCUUUGAAGAUGCAAGCAAUGAAGACAGUUUUGAUCAAAGCUAUUCCAUGGAGAUCGAGGAUAGUUUUGAUGCCUCCCUUGAAGACACUGAUAAGACUCCAGUCGUACUCCCGGACGAAUGGCGCUACAUGAGCCCGGACAGUGCAAAUGAUGAGACUGUUGGAAGUGAUGGAGAUCCUUUUAAUGACGAUUUCGGAAGUCCGGGCCCUGACAUCAGACCAAGCUCCAGGGAUUCUACUCUGUUCAAGAACCGCAUUGAAUCAUUGGACUCCAAUGGGGAGCGUCGCCCACUUCCUCCGCUUCCACCUUCCCAAUCAUCUCCUCAAACUUCUAGAAGCUCUCCAAGCCCUGGUUUGAAUGCUGCAUUUGAACGUGGAAGCAGUGCUCAGCGUGACAUGCCACAACCUCUUCGCCCUGCCUCUUGCUCCAAAUCAGACAUCGCCAGUCCUAGUCGCAAUUCGCUCUCACUUGAGGAUAGACUUAAGUUGAUGAUGAGUGGUGAACAUAGCUAUCAGUCCGACGCAGAGACACAGCGUGAGCGACGGAUGAGACGUGCGGGAGCAAAAGAAAGGAGUGUUGAGCGUGACCUGGACCAUAGCCAAAAGUCAGAGGGCAAUGAUGAGUCUCCGGCAAUUGAGUCUCCCCGUAUUUCACGCGAGUCAAUCCUGAAAAACAUGAAGAGCCGGGAAGAGUCUUCUGAGUUGAGUGAAUACCACGAUACUUCGCACAACUCUGGAAAUUACAACGCUUUGCCUCUGGAUCCAGACGUGCCAAUUCCGUCUCUAGAAACCGAUCAGCCCUUCGAAGACGAAACUGUGAUCAUAAAAGAGGAGGAGGAUGAUGACGAUAUGGAUCUCUACUCUGUCCCCAUGUUCAGUGGGAAUGAUACGAAAGGAGAGACUGACCAUGCCGAGGCACCGGGUCACAUUGUUGAUGAUUCAAGCAGCCGCUACUCUGAUACCUCCAAGGACGACGUGCCCACCCCUCCGGGAGGUGCUCCCCAUAACUUCGAAAUGGGCGCUGGAGAAUUGACUCCCACUAAGUCUGUCCAUUCUCCUCAAUACCCGGAGCAUGAUUUAUUAGCAUCGUCGAUGUCUGGUCCCGAUGCAGACCCUAAUUUUGAUGUUCAGUUCACAUCUUACAUUGAUCAGUCUACACCUCCCGCCGAAGACAGGCUCGCCCAACCUCCUCCCAUUGGCCAGGAAAAUGUCCGUAAUUCACUUGACCGCCCUGGUAGUCCCGAUUCUGUUAUUCGUCAUCCAAUUUCGCCCGCAGAAUCCCCUGAUCAGUCACUUAUCGUCCCCGAGCCGAUAGCAACUAUUAAAGCCCCCGGAGGCACUUACAAGACACGCACCUCAUUAACUCCAGCCGAUGUAAGCACCAUGGCAGCAACGCGGCGUAGAGUUAGUGGUCAAGAUGUUCCGGUUUCACCCAUUGAAGAGUUCAAGCCUUUGCCGCGCGUGGAACAACCGGUCAAGGAGGAAGAGAGCACUGAACCUGAACAACCGAAAGAACGCAAGCCCUUGGAGCUCGCGCCACUGCCCGAAAAGUCUCGAAUUAGCUCUCUGGUUAAGCUUGAUAUCAAAGUAGACUCUGGCAGUGACGGCUUUGGCCUUGAUGCCGAGUUUGACCGAGUUAUGGAGGCUCAAAAGGUAGCAUUCGAUAUCCCCUUUUCCCAACUCUCAGCACAGAUAUCAGGCGCAGGCAACUCAGCACAAGACGCUUCAUCAUCUUCCGUUGACAGAAAUACAGCUGACACCACUACAACAAAACAGAGAGGUUACCUGAUGAGACAGAACACGAAAAUGGUAGUUGCAACGAGCCGCCCAGAGGAUGACGCUAACACAGAAUCCCUCACCGCUCCAAACUCCCCGAGGAAGGCCAGCCAGCAAACCUGGACCACUGAGCCUUGGACCCCCAAGGCGAGACGUCAAAGCAUUAAGAUGUCUGGGGCUAUUCCUCGGAAGAAGAUUGCGGAGGAACCUGUUCCGCCUCUUCCUGGUCAAGAAAGUACAGUUAAAGACGCAGCAAAUGAUGCAGAGGAGACUGUAGAGGCUGAGACUGGAGAUGGCUGUGACAACACCGAAGAAGAUGGUGACCGCGGAAGGUUGUUUGUCAAGGUGGUCGGUGCCAAAGAUUUGGAUCUUCCCCUUCCUCGAGGUGAACGAUCGUAUUUCUCUCUUACUCUGGACAACGGUUUGCAUUGUGUUACCACUUCAUGUCUUGAACUCGGCAGAUCUGCUCCAAUUGGUCAGGAGUUUGAGCUUGUUGUUAUGCAGGAGCUUGAGUUCCAGUUAACUUUGCAGAUGAAACCAGACCAAAUAAAACCUAAACCACAGCCGGUACGGCCCGCUUCUCCGACGAAAGCUCCCAAACCCCAGAAGUCCUCUGCUUUCAGUCGCGUUUUUGCCUCCCCCAAGAAACGCCGGGAGAUGGAACUUCGCCAGCAGCAGGAGGCACAGCAACUUCAGAAGAGACAAGCAGAAGAAAAGGCCCUGGCCAAUAUUAUCGAUCCUUGGGAGAAAGUCAGAAAGGUUGUUGAUAAGGAUGGCAACUUUGCACGCGCUUAUGUAUCCCUAGCCGAUUUUGAGGAGAAAGCCUUUGGGCGCCCACUUACUGUUGAUGUGACUUGUUUCAAUGAGUGGGCCAUCGACGAGACUGUUAGCAGUGUUAAGAGCAAACGAAGCACUGCCACCACUGUCUCUCGUCGACCUCCAUAUAAGAUUGGAACGUUGGAGCUUCAAUUGCUGUAUGUUCCAAAGCCCAAAGGUGCCACUGAUGAUGAUAUGCCAAAGAGCAUGAACGCCUGUAUUCGCGAAAUGAGGGAAGCAGACCAUGCAGCUGCUAGAAAUUGGGAGGGAUUUUUGUCCCAGCAAGGAGGCGAUUGUCCAUACUGGCGCCGCCGUCUAUUUAAACUACAAGGAUCUAAAUUAACUGCCUUCCACGAGGUUACUCGCCAGCCCCGUGCCACCAUUAAUUUGGCCAAAGCAGUCAAAUUGAUAGAUGACAGGUCAUCUCUCACUCAAAAAGAGACAUCUGCUAAGGGUGGCCGAAGACGUAAAUCUGCCUUUGCCGAGGAGGAAGAGGGCUAUAUGUUUGUCGAAGAAGGUUUCCGAAUUCGCUUCGGCAACGGAGAGGUUAUUGACUUCUACGCCGACAGCAGGGCAGAGAAGGACGGUUGGAUGAAAGUCCUCUCGGAGACCGUUGGAAAGUGCCAUUCCUCUGGAAGUGGCCAAGCCAAACCAUGGACAGAUCUUGUUCUCCGCCGUGAAAAGAACCUGAACAUCAAACGGCCUGUUGAGGAUAAGAAACCAACUGUUGAGGAGAGGAAGCUUGUCAGACACUCAUACGCACCCCCACCCCCUCCAAAGGAGCAACACAUUGGUCAAAGUAGACCAACUCCAGGGGGCAUUCCACGUCCCCGACAUCAACCACAACUAUCGCAGCCAAACAUCAAUUCCCAAGAGGCUCGACGCCAAAAGACCCGAUCACUCAUCUUCUAA